CCCCUGAACCUCCCAGGUCGAGGGGUGGGGCGGGCCGGAAUCUCAGCAGCUUUUCCCGCGGCCAGGACCGGACUUCGGGAGGAUCGGGGCGCCGCGCGGCCCGUGACGUCAUCAGGCUGCGCGGCCCGCAGGGCGGGACCCGAGCGCGACGGCGCGGCUGGCGGACCCAGGCUGGUUUGUGGGGAAACGAAACUGAGGGAGGAGGCGGCGGCUCUGGCAGCGGCGGCGACAGUGUCGGCCUGACCCCCCCUCCCUCCGCUCCCCGGCAGCUCGCUCUCUCCCCUUAGCUUAACGAUGAAGAGGAGAACUGACCCAGAAUGCACUGCCCCCAUCAAGAAACAGAAAAAAAGAGUUGCAGAGCUUGCCCUGAGCCUCAGCUCCACAUCCGAUGACGAACCUCCCUCCUCUGUCAAUCAUGGAGCAAAAGCAUCUGCUACAAGCCUUAGUGGGUCUGAUAGUGAGACCGAGGGGAAACAACGCAGCUCUGACUCUUUCGAUGAUGCAUUCAAAGCAGACUCCCUUGUGGAGGGAACUUCUUCUCGCUACUCCAUGUAUAAUAGUGUCUCCCAGAAGCUUAUGGCCAAGAUGGGCUUCAGGGAAGGUGAAGGAUUGGGUAAAUACAGCCAGGGUCGGAAGGACAUCGUUGAGGCUUCCAAUCAGAAAGGUCGAAGAGGCUUGGGUCUGACACUCCGGGGCUUUGACCAGGAGCUGAACGUGGACUGGCGAGAUGAGCCAGAGCCCAGUGCCUGUGAGCAGGUGUCAUGGUUCCCGGAAUGUACCACUGAAAUUCCUGACACUAAGGAAAUGAGUGACUGGAUGGUUGUGGGAAAGAGAAAGAUGAUUAUUGAAGAUGAAACAGAGUUUUGUGGGGAAGAGCUACUUCAUAGUGUGUUGCAGUGUAAGAGCGUGUUUGAUGUCCUGGAUGGGGAAGAGAUGCGACGAGCUCGGACUCGGGCCAAUCCCUACGAGAUGAUCCGAGGAGUCUUCUUUCUAAACAGGGCAGCAAUGAAGAUGGCUAACAUGGAUUUUGUGUUUGAUCGCAUGUUCACAAAUCCGAGGGACUCUUAUGGGAAGCCACUGGUGAAGGACCGGGAAGCUGAGCUUCUGUACUUUGCUGAUGUCUGCGCAGGCCCAGGUGGCUUCUCAGAGUAUGUGCUGUGGAGGAAGAAGUGGCAUGCAAAGGGCUUUGGAAUGACUUUGAAGGGCCCUAAUGACUUCAAGCUGGAGGACUUCUACUCUGCCUCCAGUGAACUCUUCGAACCCUACUAUGGUGAAGGUGGGAUUGAUGGAGAUGGAGAUAUCACCCGCCCAGAGAACAUCUCUGCUUUUCGGAAUUUUGUCCUGGAUAACACAGAUCGCAAGGGUGUCCACUUUCUGAUGGCCGAUGGGGGUUUCUCGGUGGAGGGACAGGAGAACCUGCAGGAGAUCCUCAGCAAGCAGCUGCUGCUGUGUCAGUUCCUCAUGGCGCUGUCCAUUGUCCGGACAGGAGGCCACUUCAUCUGUAAAACCUUUGACCUGUUCACACCGUUCAGUGUGGGGCUUGUCUACCUGCUGUACUGCUGCUUUGAACGAGUUUGCCUCUUCAAGCCUAUUACCAGCCGUCCUGCCAACUCAGAGAGGUAUGUGGUAUGCAAGGGCCUGAAGGUGGGCAUAGAUGACGUUCGGGAUUACCUCUUCGCAGUAAAUAUUAAACUCAACCAGCUGCGGAACACUGAUUCUGACGUCAACUUGGUGGUCCCCCUGGAGGUGAUCAAGGGAGACCAUGAAUUUACUGACUACAUGAUACGGUCCAAUGAGAGCCACUGUAGUCUACAGAUUAAAGCUCUGGCGAAAAUCCAUGCCUUUGUUCAAGACACGACACUGAGUGAGCCUCGGCAGGCAGAGAUCCGAAAGGAGUGCCUCCGACUCUGGGGGAUCCCAGACCAGGCUCGUGUGGCUCCUUCUUCCUCAGACCCCAAAUCAAAGUUCUUUGAGCUGAUCCAGGGCACCGAGAUUGACAUCUUCAGCUACAAGCCCACACUGCUCACCUCUAAAACCCUGGAGAAGAUCCGCCCUGUGUUUGACUACCGCUGCAUGGUAUCUGGCAGUGAGCAGAAAUUCCUCAUCGGCCUAGGGAAAUCUCAGAUCUACACGUGGGAUGGCCGCCAGUCAGACCGCUGGGUCAAGCUAGACCUGAAGACAGAGCUGCCCCGGGACACUCUGCUGUCGGUGGAAAUUGUGCAUGAGCUGAAAGGGGAGGGGAAGGCCCAGCGGAAGAUCAGUGCCAUCCAUAUCCUCGAUGUCCUUGUGCUGAAUGGCACCGAUGUCCGGGAGCAGCACUUUAACCAGCGAAUUCAGCUUGCUGAGAAAUUUGUGAAAGCCGUUUCCAAGCCCAGUCGGCCUGAUAUGAAUCCCAUCAGGGUGAAGGAGGUGUACAGACUGGAAGAGAUGGAGAAGAUUUUUGUCAGGUUGGAGAUGAAGAUCAUCAAGGGCUCCAGUGGCACCCCAAAGCUCAGCUACACAGGGCGUGAUGACCGGCACUUUGUACCCAUGGGCCUCUACAUCGUCAGGACAGUGAAUGAGCCCUGGACUAUGGGAUUCAGCAAAAGCUUCAAGAGGAAGUUCUUCUACAACAAGAAAACCAAGGACUCUACUUUUGACCUCCCUGCAGACUCCAUUGCCCCAUUUCACAUCUGCUACUAUGGCCGGCUCUUCUGGGAGUGGGGGGAUGGCAUUCGUGUGCAUGACUCCCAGAAGCCCCAGGACCAGGACAAGCUAUCCAAGGAAGAUGUCCUCUCCUUCAUCCACAUGCACAGCGCCUAAGGGCCUCAGGAUGUGCCACCCCUGCAGAGUGUCCUGUCAUUCCUGAGACGGGGCCACCUGGAGCCCACAGUGCUGGCUUCUUCCCCUCUUGAAAAGGGACCUGGGAGCACUGCACCUGGCAUGAGGAGUGGGUGGCCUCCUCUCCAUCCCCUGAAGAGCUCAAGGCAGGGCCCUGCAGAGGACACUCCCAUGUUCCUUCUGGGACACCUGCCUGGGAACUUCCCCCUGCUAGGACUCAGCCUGAAGGAAGCUGCUCCUGAGGCAGGCGUGAGGUCAGUGCCUAGGGCACGUCGGGCCGAUGGAGGACACGUCAGAGUCGCAGAGCUGUGGGCUCUCUCUUCUCUCCUGCAUCCUGAAUAGACUCACUUUUCUGAGUUCCAUGCACUGCCCCUGAGGGUAGCCAUGCCCUUGCUUUGCCCAACUUUUUAUUGGGCCAUCCCUGAGUAGGCGGAGGCCUGCUGCUGUGAGCGGGCCAGGAGAGCCUGUUGUAAAAAAUCAAGGUUUUGUUUCUUUGAACUUACCGUUUUGAUGCCAAGUUGGAGACGAUUUUCUUGUCUCCUCCCCCCACUCCUCCUGGCCGUCCCUGGAGUUCUUCCUAGCCCAGAGCUCUGACAGUCCAGCAAGGUGGGAAUGAGGGAGUGUAGGCCUCACUCACGUCCUUGACACCAUGUUGAGAUCCUGGGAGCCCUCUCUUUAGUACUGAGUGGGCCCCAUCCCCUUUUAGUCCAAACAUUGGGCAGCACUAGAGGGCAGGAAGCAGCCUUGAAGACCUGUCUUUCUCUCCCCGACAACAGUGGCCCCACCAGUAACAAAGGCACCUCUAGGGGUUUGGGUGGUGCUGCCCUCUGGCAGUCAUGCACCACCAUCUGCCAUAGCCACCCUAAGGUCUUGGCAGAAUUCUGAGCUCGAAGUGCAGCUCCCUUUCUGCCCUUUCCCGUUUUUCUUCCCUAAUAGGAGGUAUAGUAUGCUUUUGUUUGUCGUUACAUGGUCACUCCCAUUUCUUCUAUCUUGGCGGAGGCAGAGAGGAGGGGAAGCUGGGCAGUAGCUCUGGGUGGGGGAGGGCACCUGUGGUUGUUUUUAAUGGGAAAUACCUCUCAGAGAUGUUCAUGCAGGCUCCCUAGGGCCCCAUCCCAGUGCCAGGCUGGUUUCCAUGGAGAUAGGGCACUGAGGCUCCCGUGAGGUUGGAAUCGACUUCACCAUGGGGGUCCUUCAGCCAGCAUCCAGCUUCCCACCCCCAGGCUGGCAGCAGCACUGCUGAGAUGCUGUAUUUCCACCCAAUUCUGGGUAUAUCAGUGUGUCUUGCAGAAUCUUGGAUCAUUAAAGAUAAACAUAUUUUUAA